AUCGGAGCUCAAGAAGCAAAAAUAGGCGUGGAAAUAGUCAAUUUCCUUAUCAAAAUCCAUUGUCUCUCCCACAAGGUUCCAGACUUCCAGUUCCUUCUACGCUUCUACGCUUCUGGUUCUUGUCCAGGAAUCUCAGAUCUCCCCUCUCUAUCGGCUCCAGAGCGAAAGGUGAAGCUUCUUAAGGCCAAAGGGUUACACUCAGACGUGAAGAAAAAAUUUGGGAAACCAACAGGAACAGCCUUCUUUUAAUAGGAAAAAUAUCAAAAUAUUUUAAAUUUCUGUUUCCAUAAGCCUAUUGGGUGUUAUGUUGAUAUUUAGUUUAAGACAUGCAUGAUCUCUGAGCAUUGUGAGGGUGAUAGGAACAGAUCAGUUUUUGAUGCACAAUAAAAAAGUCUGUCUAUACUGCUAUAGUUUAGUUUGAAAGAAAAUUUUUGCUAAUGUUUUGUAAACAAUUCGAUUUUUAAAUAUUGUUUAAUUUUACAUCCAUUUAUCUUUUGUUCUGAUUUUGAUUUGUUCUCUUAUUAUAAGUUUUUUCUAGCCCUAUGGCAAUUACUGUGGAAUUCUUUAAAUGUGUUUUCCUGUUCUCCAAACUGAGGCUUGAUGUGCCAACUCCCCACAGUUAGAAUCCUCCAACAUUAUAGCUUCUAACAUUUUCUGUUCUUUCUUGUUCUUGAUUUAUUACAUUCCUGCUGUUUGCUUUCUAUCAUCUGCCUGGAAUGGUCAGAGUUUGGAUUUGUAUCUAAGGAGUUGUAGAGAAUGGGUCGUGGAGUUAGCAGUGGUGGAGGACAAAGUUCCUUGGGUUACCUGUUUGGGAGUGGAGAGGCACCAAAACCAGCCUCAAACAAUGCCCCAGUGCCUCCAAGUGAAGCUCCUGCUGUAAAUAAUGGACCAUCCCCCAAGCCUACCGCUCCUGCUCAACCAGUAGAUGUUACCAAACAGAUUCCGGCAGGUAUCCAUGGUAAUCUGGCAAAUAACUACUACCGAGCAGAUGGUCAGAACUGUGGAAACUUCAUCACGGAUCGUCCCUCAACUAAGGUCCAUGCUGCUCCAGGUGGUGGAUCAUCCUUGGGUUACCUCUUUGGUGGUGGUGGUGGUAGUGGUAAUUGAGCUUUGUUUUAUAUGUUUGUAAUUGAAAUACUGCUAUCAAUUUCUCUGGAACCUGUUUGGAUCUUCGAUAGACAAUGUAAUUGUGCUUGAUCAUGUAAUAUUACGUAUAUAGGUGGGGUGGCUCUUGCUGGAAUUGUUCAACUGAGAUUGUUUGAUGAUUGAUCUGUAAGAAUCUGUUGUUUCAAGAUCAGUGACAACAAUGAACUGUCAUAUUCUUGGA